CGUAACUUCAACUUUGCCAAGAACUCCACCAACUUUUCCAAAUUUAUUCCGUGAGUGGAUUUUUCCUUGGUAGUUUCUCAAAUAGACAUAAAAUUGGAAAAAUUCCUAAUUCCUGAGUUGAGGACAUGUUGAGCUACGUGGCAAAGUCGAGUACCAUGUCGCCUUACAUGAAGGCCACGGUCACUGCCGUCGCUGGGGCGAAGCAGGUCCUCAACCCUGCCACGGUUGUGGGUACAGCCCCGUCUGUCCCUUAUCCUGCUCCACAACCAACCGAUCCCAAAUCUGGAGAUACGUUGAGGAGGAUGGCUCCUCAAUCUGGUGCGGUAUCGGUGACAUCAGGCGUAAGGAGUUCGUCCAUUGUCCGGUACGCACACACAGAUGUUCGGGUCCCUGAUUUCUCGGCUUACCGUCGUACCGCUGUCAAAGACCCGACCACUCGAUCAAGAGACUCUGCUGAUUCGAGAAAUUCAUUCACGUACCUCAUCACCGGAAGCGGUAUGGUGACUGGAGCCUAUUGUGCUAAAACUCUUGUCACCGAUUUCGUCAGCAGUAUGUCUGCCUCUGCUGAUGUGUUGGCGUUGGCCAAGAUUGAAAUCAAGUUGGGAGAUAUCCCAGAAGGAAAAAAUGUUACUUUCAAAUGGAGAGGAAAGCCAUUGUUUAUCAGACACAGAACUGCAGAAGAAAUUGACACAGAGACCAAAGUCGACAUCAACACCUUAAGAGACCCCCAACCGGAUUCCGACCGUGUCAAAAAACCACAAUGGCUCGUCGUAUUGGGAGUUUGUACUCAUUUGGGCUGUGUGCCCAUUGCUAAUGCUGGCGAUUUUGGUGGUUACUAUUGUCCAUGCCACGGAUCACAUUACGAUGCUUCUGGACGAAUUCGCAAAGGACCUGCUCCACUCAACUUGGAAGUUCCAGAAUACGAAUUUCCAGACGAUGAUAACCUACUAGUCGGUUAAAAUAAUUUAUAUUGCUAACAUCUGUAUAUAAAAAAUAUUCGUCAAGUUCAAUUUCAAUGCCCAAGCUGUUAGGAGUCAUCAAUGUCGAAAAAACACUAUUUGAUUGAUAAGCAUGUUAGUUAUUCUUAGAAACGAACUGAUACAUUGUAUUACUGCAAUUGGAAUCUGUAAAAAAAAUUGAAUAAUAUCCUGUGUUUAAGAAAAUAUUA